GCUCGCUAAGCCAUAUUGACAGGCUGGGCAUGGCGACGGCACAGCAGGGGCAGCUUUCCGCAGCAGAGAAGAAGACCAUCGAGUUCGGCUUGGCCGUUGCGAUCCUGACGUCGGGCCCCUGGGCGGGAGAACGCGCCAGCAAACGCAUCAGCGGCACCUCGGGCGACCCAUCUAGCGAACAAAGAGCUUCAAAGCAGCUUAGGUUGUGGCAAGGGGCGUGUUUGGGAGGCCUUGCCCAGGUUGGCUCCGGGACAAGGCCACAUCCUGCAACUACCCGGGAUGACGACAGACGGAUCGCGCCUGCGGGAGGGAGGCGCGACAGCACAAGCCACGGCAUCGGCAGUGCGUUCCCAGCAGAGCUGCCAAACGCACGGAGGAGCCAACGCAGUGGUCCGUUCCCUGUCACCAGCGGCGGGUCCGCUUCCGCCGCCGACGUUGAGCCCAUGGGCAGGCUGCUGACGAGUGGUGCUGGCUCCGACCUACGGAUGCUCGGGGCCGUGGCACUAUCUGGCUGCCGUUCAGACGGCGCACGAGCAGUUCAGAAGCAGGCCCUGGAAGGGAUAUGGCAUGGCGACUGCAGCCCUAGCACGGUGUCGCUGUUCGUGAGGGAGAUGCUGGAACAAGUAGUUCUCUGCGGCCAAGGCGUUGGAUCUGGCCAAACAUACCGGCAUGUGCUAGACCUCAUGGUCGCCAUCGUAGAGGAGGUCGCCGAAACAGCAUCGGUAGUCGCCGCUGCCAACGCUAACGCAAAAACGGGCCCGUCGCAGCCACAAAAUUGGAGCGACAACGAUGCUGCGUCGAUAUCUCGCCGGAUAGACUUCGCGCUAGCUGUCAGCCAAGCCUUCGACACCACCUUGGUACUGCUGGCCAGGGGACUCCGGGGGGGAGGCAUUUGCAGUGUCACCGGGACGCAAGGGCUUCAGCGUAACACCACAAGCGGCGGCAGCAGCCACGGGGGUUCGUCAGCAUCAGCGUUCACCCGACGUCAACGACGCCGCGCGAUGGUGGCGCAGCCUCAGUCCAGGGAAGCAACCGCGCUGGCACAAGCGGGGCGCGCAGGGCUUUUCCUCGAUGCCUACGAGUCUGUUGUGGCUGGCCUCGGCAAUGCUUUCAGCCACCUUGAGCUGGUGGAACAAUCCUUCGAUCAUGACGAUGGUGGUGAUGGUGGUGCCGACUCUCUCCCACCGAACGGGUCACCUACUGGCAACCGAUGCUCAUCUCCAGAUGAGCCGUUGUUGUUCACACACCUCACGGGCGGCCAACACCUUGGCACACCGAACCGCCCCACAACUACGGUGCCGGAGAGGAACAUGCCGGCAAAACAUGGCCUGGGAUGGGAUGCAGAGGCUCGACGGAACGCGUGGACGCAGACGAAGCUUGAGGUGCUUGCUGAGGCUACGACACUUCUGUCGAGUUUCCCCAUGGGGCAACUCCGCCUCCAGCGUGUUGUCAGCCGUGUCUACAAAUGGGCGAGGUUAGCUUGAUGGUCUGGAAAGGUGUCAGGCAGCACCGACCUCUCUCUCAGGACCUCUCUCUCACUUUGCUGUAUGUGCUCAAGUCUCGCUUGCUUGAUUUGAGUGCGGUCAACGGACCAAAAGCCCACCAUAUAGAGAGCGGCUUGGAUGCAGCGGGAAGGCUCUUGUGAUGGGUGGGGUUUGUGUGCGACGUUGCAUGAAAGGCAACACAGCCGGCGUGUACGUUGAUGUAUUUCUUCCCCUCGUCGUAGUCGUAUAGAUACAGGAGUGCGUCUCUUUUGGUGUUUGUGUGGAAAAAAAACUUGGGGGCAUUUUGGGCUCGUCUUUUAGUUUUCAACCAUACGUCUGUGUCCACUAUCUGCUACUGCUGCUGUAGUCUAGAUAUCGAAAUACAUGUAGUCCAUUUUCGCCUCUUUGUCCGCUUGUUGGACGCACCCACUCGUGGAUCAUCAGGCACGCGCCACAACGAGCAGCAUAACAAAUCGAGAAAUGUGGGCAAGCCUUAUUUCCUCGGCAACAGAAGAAGCAGACGCCGUUGGGCAACGCCGUUGUGCUACAACAUUGAAGCUACAAAUGUCGGAGGCAAACAACGGGGAUAGCCAAAAAGACAAUCAGGCUAAAUGUACGUAUGAGACUAUGUUGAAGCGAGGUGAAGCUAAAUGCCAUCACGCCGACCAUGAUGAUCACGAACGAGGGGAGGACCAGUGACAAGCGCAAAGGGAUACGAAAAGAGAGGAUUUUUGUUUCGGUAACUUUUCUUUCUGUAUCUUGGACAAGCACUUCCAUUGUGCCAUAGUAGCCUACAUGCCCCCGCUCAGCCGAACCCGACCGUGUGAAAAAGGUCUACAGCAGCUGGCCGUUCGGGCGUGUGCACAGCUACGGGACGAUUGCAGAAUGUAGAAUACGAGCGUUGGAAUCAAGCUUGUUGGAGUUGUGGUCGAGUUUAUUUGCGUGCAUGGGAGAGGACGGUACGGACGGUCGGUUGCCCGCCGCAGAUUCGCCGCCGAGUAUCAUAUCAUCAUGGAUGAAACUCACCCUGUAAACUGCUGUAGACUACAGCACUAUGUC